AAAAAGUGAAGAACAGAUGAGACAUUCCGUUUGAGAAGCAGACUACCAUAUUACGGUAACAGCAUGGCGGUAAGACUGCUCCUCCUUUGCCUCACUGGCCUUGUAUUAUCUGAAGAACAGCCUGAUGUGGACUGUUUGGUGGUGAACUUAGACUAUGUUCACUGUGUUUGGAACGGAUCUGCCAGCCCAGCUGUCAAUUAUACUUUCUAUAGCACGUUUGGUAAGGGAUUCAACGAGUGUGCCAGAUAUGUCUUGGAAAAUAACACUACCGUUGGGUGUGAUCAUCCCUAUAGUGAACUAAUAGUGGAAAGGUCCAACACAUUCACCACCAAACUGAUGCUCCUGAACAGUAGCUUUAGGCAGAUCCACCAUCUCAAAAAUAAAGUCAAGCUGAACGCCCCCAUCAAUUUGACAGUUAAAAAUGGUAGUGACUCAAACCUGUGGUACUACUGGAACGACAGCCACAUUAGCCCCUGCAUAGUGAGCCAAGUUCGCCACAGGAAAGGAAAGGAGUGGGAGAAUAAAUCCUUGAAUAUAAGUACGAGAACUUACAGCAUCAACCUGCCCUCCAGCCGCUGCCGUUAUGAGCUGCAGGUUAGAAGCACCAUAGCAAGCUUUUGUGGAGAGUCAAGCCUCUGGAGUGACUGGAGUCCAUCGGCCUUCUGGGGGUCCAACAGAGAAAGCAAUGGCACAGACUUGCCAGGUAGCUCCAUGUCCGUAUGGAGCCCCAUGUUGUUGGCUCUUGGGUCCAUAGUUUUCAUCAUUCUAUCGGUCACCAUUCUUGUGCGACAUGAAAGGCUAAGAGCCAUCCUCCCAGACCCUGGAAAGAACCUUACCAAAAUCCUGGCUGAUGGAGAUGUAGAGGAUUGGCUGCCAAUCUCCAAGAGCAUCAAGGAGGGCUUCAGGGCGAACUACAGUGAGCGGGCCUGUUCUGUUCGUGAGUACAGCCGUAUCUUACAGUCUGCCAGCGAGAGCUCUGCAGAACAGAGCUCCUCCGACCAGAGCUCAUCCGACCAGAGCUCUGGUAGCUUUGCAUCAUCAGUCACCACCGAUCAAACCAACUGCUCCGUCUCCCCAUCUGUUGAUGAACCUGCAGGACCGACUUCCUGUGAAUGUGACGCCUCCACCAUUAUUGUUCACUCUGCUUGAACGCAGGGGCCAGGUUAGGACAGGGAUGUACUGUGCCCGUUGUCCAUGUUUCGGGUUGUUUUAUGGCCAAAGAUCAUGGUUAAUUCUAAUUAUGUGGAAGUACUAAGUGAGUGGUAACUUGCCAUGUCAUUUGACUGAGGAAAAUUGCAAAAACCUCACUGCAGUGUUUAGUGCAGUUCUUGAAGUGAAAUUUCAGUAUGAGGUGACAGCAAAUGGAGAAAAAGCAGGUCGAGGUAUCCUGAUGUUUGUAAAAGUCUGUAAAAAUAUAUUUACUUGCAAUUUCCUGGCUAGCUGUCACAUUUGUUACUGUACAAUAUGGUCAGAAACCCAAUGCAUUCAACAUAUUGACAGUGUACACAAUAUGGUUUAUGAUUUUUCUAAAUAUCUUGUAGUCUGCAGUCAGAUUUCAUUCCCACUGUCACAGGCUACAACCACAUGUCGAAUAUGAGAAAAUGUGUGACUUGGUCACUAAAUCUCUAUAGUUCUACCAGAGGCCUAGCUAGUUUGAUUUAUCUGAGAUGUCCGAGUAGUUCUUUAACCUUUGCUGACAUGUGCCAAUUGCAGGUGGUGCAGUCUCAUGUUGCGCUCCUUUAUUGAAAAUGUGACUUAAAUCAUUAUAUUCUGAUGAUUUUUUUUAUAGAGUUUUUACUUUAAUGUUCCCAAUUUAAUUGUCGUUUUGGUCUUCUCUGUACUUUGUGUAGUCCUAUACAAUACUUUCAGAUUUUUUGCCUAAAAAGUAGUCAAGAAGGUAUUUUAUGCCGAUCCUUUUUAGAUAUAGCAGCAAAACUUGUAUGAUUUACACGUAUGAUUUCCUUUCUGUGUCUUUUGAAUAAAAAAUACACCUCCCAA